UCAAGCCCCCUUUAACACCCCCAUUGUUUUAUGGUGGGGUUGACGCUAGGCGCCAUUACAAGAAGUACCCAAACAUUCUCUCUCCGACUCUCCCCUCAGCUAUACAACUGAUUCUUCCUCUGGGUUUCUCAAAUCAAAUCGAAUUUUCACAUUAUUCGAUCAAUGGAAGUUGAAAUCGACAUAAAGGACACCGAUGAUUCAAUCGCAAACAAAACCACACACGAUCAGGAUGUUGUGAAGCCUGCUAAUGUGUCAGACCAUGGUGACGAAAAUGAAGAAGAAGAAGAUUUUGAUGACGAUGACGGAAUGGUUGAAUUUGAUGAUGAUGAAGACGGUGAUUACUAUAUGUCCGAAAACUCCAAAGAAGACGACGAAGCACAUUAUCUGAGCAUGCAAGCUCAGUUUGAUAACGUUGAUCUGCCACCCGGAGUCGAAGCAUCUUUUUCGUGGUUAAGUGAUCCUCAACCCGUCACAAGUGCUAAACCAAUCAAUCCUCCUGUCGAAACCCAUGAUCAUGAAAUUCCAAAUAUCCCCUUUUGCACAAGCAACGACGUUGCAUCAAGCAGUUCAUCCGUUCUUCCAAACGUAAUAUCAACUUCUGGAGCUGAAAAUGAAGAUAAAACGAAAGAUGAAGUGAAGCAAAAGUUUGAAAACUUCAAGUCGUUCGAUAUUGUUGAUGAUUUUUCUGAUCAUCACUUUAAUAAUGCUGGUUUUCAAGGCCAACAGCCACCUAAGACAUGGACAAAGAAAAUUCAAGACGAGUGGAAAAUACUAGAGAAGGAUUUACCAGAUACUAUAUUUGUGAGGGUAUAUGAAUCAAGAAUGGAUCUUUUGAGGGCUGUGAUCGUAGGACCCGCAGGCACCCCGUAUCACGAUGGUCUUUUUGUGUUUGAUGUUCACUUUCCUCCUACCUACCCAGACACCCCCCCGAUGGUUUACUAUUACUCUGGUGGGCUCCGGCUAAACCCGAACUUGUACGACGAUGGGAAAGUAUGCCUUAGCCUUCUCAACACCUGGACCGGUCACGGGAGUGAGAAAUGGAUGCCGAAUAACUCAACUAUGCUUCAAGUUUUGGUGUCGAUUCAGGCCCUGAUUUUGAACGAUAAACCCUUCUUUAAUGAGCCGGGAUAUGAUGAUAUGUAUCCUGGAGUUGCGGGUGACGAGAAAUCCAAGAGUUACAAUGAAGAUAUGUUCAUUUUAUCGUUGAAAACAAUGAUAUACACACUUAGGAGACCUCCAAAGUAUUUUGAGGAACUUGUUGUCGGGCAUUUCUGUAGCCGUGCACAUGUGAUUUUAUCUGCAUGUAGGGCUUAUAUGGACGGUGUUGAAGUGGGUUCAACGAUUGAUGGUGAACACCCUGUUGACAAAAGCGGGUCAAAGGCGUUUAAGGCAGCUGUGGGUAGGAUGAUCAACGGUCUGGUCUCGAGCUUUAGUAGAUCUGGUGCAACUGAUUGUGACCAGUAUCGUGUUGAAAACUGAUAUUUGUUACAAGUUUAAUGGGUACUCUUAGUUAUCUAGGUGCACAAAAUGGUAAAUAUUUUUGACGAUGGAAAACUAGAAUCGCAUGUCGGAUUCUUGGACUUAGGAUUUGGUUGAUUUUGAUUUUCGAACGUUGAUAUCGCAGACUUUUUGUUGAUAUUCAUUUUAUCAACAAAAUAUAACCCAAUAUUUACGUGAA